CGCGUGCGCGAGUGUGGAUAACGGGAGCAGGGCAACUGCAGACAACAGCUGGUUAGCAACGGGGACGGGUCAACAUCAUGGAUGAGUUUCAAACAGGAGAAGAGACAACCUUUAUUGUGGAUGACGUGAGCACAAUCAUUAAAGAGUCUGUGGAAGCAGCAAUUGGAGGCAAUACCUACCAGCACAGUAGGGUGAACCAGUGGACCACUAAUGUUGUAGAACAGUGCCUCAGUCAACUCAGCAAACUUGGCAAGCCUUUUAAGUACAUUGUGACGUGCAUCAUUAUGCAGAAGAAUGGAGCAGGAUUGCAGACAGCCAGUUCAUGCUUCUGGGACAACAGCACUGAUGGAAGCUGCACUGUCAGAUGGGAGAACAAGUCGAUGUACUGCAUUGUCAGUGUCUUUGGGCUUGCCAUUUAAACACUACCUUUGCUAGAUUACUGUAUAAAUUAUCACCUGGUGAUUUCUUUGUGCCUACUGUUUUCAAGCAAAAUCCCUUUGGACCAAAGGUUUUCCACCCAUGUGAACCAUUGUGCUGUUUUUACUUUUCAUGAAAAAUGCAAAUAAAUUAUUUCUGUUUUCA